AAAUGGAUGCCCUUGUUUUGCUCCCCGCUGAGAAGAACUAGCCUGCCCCAAAGUGCAAACAACCAAUCUAUGGAAACUGGAGGGCUCGGCUUUGUUUUCCUUUUUUGUUAAAGUCCUGAAUGAGGUGAUAUUCUACUGCUGCUUAGGCUGAGGAGCAGGUCCGUCUGGUUCCUGGGUGCUCUGUUACACAAGCCAGCCAGCCAGCCAGCCCCACCUAAUUUGGCUUCUCUGCACCCCGCUGCUCAGAGCCACACUGUGACACUUAACCCAUUUCUUCUCUCUUCUGCACCAACCAAGACAACCAGGACAGUCCAGUUCCAUCUAGAAACACCUGCUAGUCCUGAAGAGAGGCUGUUCAUACAGACUGGGAAACAAGAGACAGCUGAACUCUCCUGCGAGGGAACUUAGACCCAGCACAUUUUUCAGAGGCCCAUUCCUUUCAAGCUUGAUUGUCACCCACCAAUUUAUGACUCAGAAUCGCCUCAGCCAGCAGAUUCCUCUUAAUAAAGUCAAUAGCAAGGAAGGCUACGAUGUGGACCUUAGCCCAAAUUGUGCUGAUUUCAAUUUUGUUUAUUUCACUACCCUUUGAGAGCCAUGAGAUAGAAAACCUAGGAAAAAAGACAACACAAAGAAUUGCAGAAGUUUGGAAAACAAAGGAAAGAGAAGCACAUGUAAAUUCAAACAAGGAAAACGGAAAUGUCUCCAUUCCCAAGGUAACUGGUUUCCCUCCUUUGGACCCAUCUAAUGUAGCGACUUUCACCAACACCUUGACGACAGUCAACUUCUCCAGGGCUCCAAGAUCCACAGCCAGGUUUUCCACAACCCCUCCCUUGAUUCACAGCUUUGUUUCCAAACUGCCUUGGAACUCAUCUCUAGCAGAGGAGAAUCUGUCACCUGUCUCAGCACACCCCGAUUCUACACAGGCUGUCUCAUCGGAAGACUCCAGUCUGGACAAUGGCACCAUGUACGUUCCUGACAACAGUUCCACUGCUACAAGAUUCCCGCCCCCAGUGCCCACCCCCAAAUCUGUGACCCCCUUGACAGCGGAACCCACCGCAUGGCCUACCACAGAUGGCGACAGCUUCGCUGGCUUCACUCCCUAUCAAGAAAAAACAACUCUACAGCCCACCUUCCAAUUCACCAACGACUCGAAACUCUCUCCAAGUACAGCAGACCCCCCUGAAGAGAACAGAAAUACCGGAGUGGUGUUUGGGGCCAUUUUAGGGGCUAUUCUGGGUGUGUCCCUGCUUAGUCUUGUUGGCUACUUGUUGUGUGGAAAAAGGAAAACAGAUUCAUUUUCCCAUCGGCGACUUUACGACGACAGAAACGAACCAGUUCUGCGAUUAGACAACGCCCCAGAACCAUACGACAUGGGCUUUGGGAGUCCGAGCUACUAUAACCCAUCUUUGAAUGCCUCUUCAGUGCCAGAAAGCAGAGAAAGUGCAGGGGACAGCAUUCCUAUGGAUGACAUUCCGCCACUGCGCAGCGCGGUAUAAAGCUCGUGCAACAGAGGCUUCGGGCAAGUGCCCAUCUGCCUGGCCACUUAGCACACUCUUGUGCAAGGUCACUCUCGUGUGGAUUGUGCAAGAACUGUGAGAGCCUGACACUAGUAGCAGAAACACAGAGAGGAUAAGUCCUUCCAAAAGUUUCCCUGCUCACAACAUUCAGCUGGGCCGAAGCUCCUAUUCCAUAGAUGCAGUUUGCACUGUGCUCUGUUUUUCUCUUAGUGGGAAAUGUUUACAGAAUCAGGCAAAAGACACUGCCACCAUAGCAGUGCCUGAUAAUUUAAUAUUGGAAAUCCUUCAACAAAAAUAGGAAACCCAAAAUGUAUUUUCACCUCUUCUGAACAAAACCAAGGCAGUAGACUCUUCUUUGUUCCACCUGCACUCCGAGGGCCACACAUUAAGAUUAGGAAGAUUAUGAAAAUUAUGAGAGUGAUUUUUUAAAAAUAUUCACUGAAAGCUAGAAAGAAGAUAUAGCCCAGAGUUCUAUUCCUGGGAAAUUAAGCAAUAGGAGGGAGAGACUUGUAUACUCUAUUGAAUUUUACUUCUCUGUCCUCAGUACAGACGUGGGCAGCCCAGAAAGUUCUUGCUGUGACAAUGACUGCAUUCAGCAGCCUCAUGCCAGGAAACCUGACUCUAGCCAGGAAAGUAGCACUUUCCUCCUUAGUCUUCCAAGUUCGAAGAACUCCACUUUGCCUCAAUAUAUUUUAAAUUUCACUUAAUUCUGUGCCUUCAAACUCACUGAGAAAUACGUUGAAAACCGGCCAAAGAAUAUACUCAGAAUGUAACUUGUACAGUUCAAAGUUGUUCGGAAUAGGAUUUAUUAUAUAUUAGACAUGACUGUUGAAUCACAUAUGGAAUAUAUUCUGCAUCUCUAAAUAUAUGAAGCAUAAGGAAAUAGAUGAGUGGAAACAUUAAAUAAAGAAAGCUUUUGAUCCUCACUUUCAUAAGUAAUAAUAUAAAGAGCUUAACAUGGAUUGGACUACGUUUCAGUUUGUCACAUGAUUUGGGCAGCAAAAGCACACUUCAUAGUUUGGGAGAUCUAGGCUGUAGUGCUUAGAAGGUUACAUAAAGAUUAGAUUCCCCAAGAAGCAGCAAAUGUAUA